AUGGACGAGAUUACGCUCAGGCUUGACCUGAGGAACAACAACCUGCGGGUGCUCUCCAGGGGGGCGUUUGCACACACACCCUACCUCACCCACCUCAACCUGCAGCGCUGCGGCAUAACCACAGCAAAGGAGGGCGCCUUCCGCACCCUCGGCCGCCUGCUCUCCCUCAACCUGGCCCACAAUAAGAUUGACGUCCUUUACCAGGAAGCAUUCGACGGCCUCUCAUCCUUGAAGGAGCUGCAUCUGGAUUAUAAUCGCAUCGAAGAGAUCCAGCCUGGAGCCUUCACACAGCUCGGGGUCCUCAACCUGCUGGGCCUCACCCACAACCAGCUAGUUUACAUCCCCAACAUGGCCUUCCAGGGCUUGCAAAACAUCAAGUGGCUGCGUCUUAGUCACAACUCCCUGAACAACCUGGCGCCCGAGGCCUUCACCGGGCUGUUCACCCUCAACCGCCUGAGCCUGGAUCACAAUGAGCUGCAGUUCUUCCCCACGCAGACCAUGACGAGACUCCCAGAAGUCACGCGUCUGGACAUGAGCUACAACCCCAUGACCUACCUCGGGGAAGAAUCGGUCACCAUGGCAAAGCUGACGCACCUCUACCUUGACCACAUGUCCCUUCAGGACCUGUCGGACCAGGCCUUCUCCCGGGCCGGCCUCCUCUCCCGCGUGGACCUCAGCCAUAACCAGCUUCGCUACCUGGAGCCCCUCUCGGGACCCAAAAAAAUAACCGUCCUAAACCUGACUGGGAACCCCAUUUACUGUAACUGCUUCCUGCGGCCCCUGAAGAGGUGGGCAGCGGCUGGAGGCGUGAAGCUGCUGGGGGCGUGUGCUGGACCACCUCACCUCUCAGACGAGCCGCUGCAGGCGGUGACCCCCCCGAAUCUCCGCUGCCGCAGCCGGGCCGAGGCUCUGACGGAGGAGGGGGAGGGGGGGGAGGAGCAGGAGAGCAGGGGAGCUGUCCCGGCCACAGCCAGGCCAAAGCCGACGGCCAGAUGCCCCAACAACUGCCAAUGUGAUGCUGAAGCGCAUCACGCCACAUGUGAGGGUCGGGGCCAUACCAAAGUCCCGCGAGGCUUUCCCAGCAAGACGCAGCUGCUUGACCUCCGGGACAACCAUUUCCACUUCCUCCCUGCAAGCAGCUUCCCCGGCACUAGCCACGUGGUUUCUCUCCACCUGGAGUUUUGCAAAAUCCAUGAAAUCGAAAGCGGCGCCUUCCAGGGAAUGAAAAACCUGCUUUAUUUGUAUCUGUCUGACAACGACCUAACCUCCUUAGACCCCAGAGCCUUUGCCGGUGUCCCAAACCUCACCUACCUCCACCUGGAGGGGAACCGGUUUGCAAAGUUCCCUGGAUCAGCUCUGUCGCUCUUACCAAAUUUGUUUGUGUUGCAUCUGGAGCGAAAUGCCAUCUCGAGGCUGGAGCCGGCGGGUUUGCUGUCCACCGUAAGCCCUACGCUCAGGGAGCUGUACUUGAGCAAUAACACCAUGGCGAGCGUGGCCCGGGGCGCUCUGAACUCGACCUUCAUCGAAGUUCUUCACCUGGACUCAAAUCAGCUGACCGAGGUUCCCACACACGCCCUGUCUGACGCCCCACAUCUGGAGGAGCUCAACCUGUCCCGAAACUCGAUACGACUGGUCGGACCAAAAGCAUUUCAGCCCAUAUCCCGAAGCCUUAAGAGGCUUUAUAUGGAUCAGAUGGGGACAGAAAAGAUGUCCAAGGAUGCUUUGGUAGGCUUGGGCCCGGGGCUAAGAGCUCUGACCGUGAGAGGAAACCAGCUGAAGGAGCUCCCUGAUCUGAGCCCCCUCACCGGCCUGGAGGUGGUGGACCUGCGGGACAACCCCCUGCUGUGUGACUGUGCUCUGCUGCCUCUUCGCAGGUGGAUGGAGAAUGUGAGGUUGGAAGUGGCAGCAACCUGUGGUCAGCCUGCAGAACUCAGAGGUCAGCAGGUCAGGGACAUUCAUGUCUUCAAAGCCUGCCCAGAAAGCAAAACGCCUCCAGAGGAAAGGAACUUUCCAGAACCAAGACGUCAAAAAAAGAAGAAAUCCAAACCCAGCGCUCUGAAAUCGUCCAAAGUCCAAAUUAGACCAGUAAAUCCCAAACAGAGAAAACACCCAAAAGAACGGCCUCAUGGGCAGCCUGUGAAAGCAAAAACGACCAAGAACAAACAGACUUAA